AUGACGCCUUUCUCAAACGCAUUGGCGAAAAGGAGAGAAAAUAUGUCAAGAACAAGGAACUGGGUAAAGCAAGUCUACGAGAAGGCGGCAAAUUUGGUGAGCACAAAGAAGCAAGAUUUCACUGUGAUAGAAGGCCAUCCCCCCGCACAAGAACACACAGAAGGAGCCGUUGACACAGUUCCCUCCGUCAAAAACAAUCUCCAAAAGCUAAAAAAGGAGUUCAAGAUCUACAGAUGGAACCCGAAUCAGCCCAACACCAAAACCUUUCUCCAGUCUUUCUUCGUCGACCUCUCUACUUGCGGUCCCAUGGUUUUAGAUGCAUUACAAAAGAUAAAAGCAGAGGAUGACUCAAGCUUGAGUUACAGGAGAUCUUGUAGGGAAGGGAUAUGCGGAUCCUGCGCCAUGAAUAUUGAUGGGACUAACACCGUAGCCUGCUUAAAACCUAUUGUUUCAGACACUAACAAUCCCACUAUCAUAACUCCUCUCCCUCAUAUGUUUGUCAUCAAGGACUUGGUGGUUGAUAUCACCAACUUUUACCAGCAGUACAAGUCGAUUGAGCCGUGGCUUAAGACAAGAAAGUUGCCGGCGGAUGGGAGAGAAUACAGGCAAUCGCCGGUUGACAGAAAGAAGCUAGAUGGACUUUACGAGUGCAUACUCUGUGCUUGUUGCAGCACUUCUUGUCCUUCCUACUGGUGGAACCCGGAGAAGUUUCUGGGUCCUGCAGCUUUGCUCCAUGCUUAUCGAUGGAUUUCUGAUAGCCGGGACGAGUUUACAGGGGGAAGGUUGCAGGCGCUGACGGAGGAUGAAAGCAGAUUGUAUAAAUGCAGGACGAUAAGGAAUUGUACGGUGACGUGUCCCAAGAGUCUUGAUCCUUCUGCUGCGAUUCAGAGGAUGAAGUCUAAUCAUCUGAUUUCUCAGCCGGUGGAGAAGCUCGAAAAGCCUUCUAGACUUUCAUUUUAA